UCACGAUCCCCGCACCUCUACACACAUACAUAUUGACUCACACACACACACUCCUCUCUCUCUCUCACUCUCUCUGCAAGUCCUCUCUCACACCAGACCAGAAAACCAAAAUGAGUUCUUGCCGGAAAACCACUUGUAGUUUUCAUCAAACCCACUUCUUGUAAUAAACAGACAAAACUAGAAAGAAGCCAUUUUUUUUGUUUCUCUUAACUGUUCUUCUCCCAGAAAAAAAAAAAAAAAAAAAAAAAAUGGCAUGGGUUUUGAAUUCUCUUGUCUCGAUUUUGCUAUUGACUCAUCUAGUCAACUCAGAGUCAAUCUCAGAGAAACAAGCUCUCCUCACCUUCCUUAAACAAACACCUCACGAGAACCGUCUUCAAUGGAACGAGUCAGACUCAGCCUGUAACUGGGUCGGAGUCGAAUGCAACGCAAACCAAUCCUCAAUCCACUCUCUCCGGUUACCAGGAACCGGUUUAGUCGGUCAGAUCCCACCAGGAUCGUUAGGCCGACUCACUCAGCUCCGGGUUCUAAGUCUUCGCUCUAAUCGUCUCUCCGGUCAGAUCCCUUCAGAUUUCUCGAAUCUCACUCACCUCCGAAGCUUGUAUCUCCAACACAACGAAUUCUCCGGCGAGUUUCCGGCGAGUAUUACUCAGUUAAACAACUUGAUUCGUCUUGAUAUCUCAUCUAACAACCUCACUGGUUCGAUUCCUUUCUCAGUCAACAAUCUCACUCACUUGACUGGUUUGUUUCUCGGUAACAAUGGUUUCACAGGGAACCUCCCAAGUAUUAGUCUCGGUUUAGUCGAUUUCAAUGUCUCUAACAACAAUCUAAACGGUUCGAUUCCGUCUUCCUUGUCGAGGUUCUCAGCUGAAUCGUUCACUGGGAAUGUAGAUCUCUGUGGUGGUCCUUUAAAGCCUUGUAAAUCUUUCUUCGUGUCUCCGUCGCCAUCUCCGUCGUCGGUUACUCCUUCAAAACGUGUAUCCGGCAAGAACUCGAAGCUUUCCACGGGUGCCAUUGUCGCCAUAUCCGUGGCUAGCGCACUCGUGGCGCUUCUCCUGUUGGCUCUGCUCUUGUUCUUGUGUAUAAGGAAAAGAAGAGGAAGCAAAGACGCGAGGACGAAGCAGAGGAAACCUGCGGGGGUAGCCCACACAUCAUUAACGAAUGUGGAUCUUCCACCGGGUGCUUCGUCCUCGAAAGAGGAAGUAACAGGGACGUCAUCAGGAAUGGGAGGUGAAACAGAGAGGAAUAAGCUUGUUUUCACUGAAGGAGGAGUGUAUAGUUUCGAUUUGGAAGAUUUGCUUAGAGCUUCAGCUGAGGUUUUAGGGAAAGGAAGUGUAGGGACGUCGUAUAAGGCGGUGUUAGAGGAAGGUACCACGGUUGUUGUGAAGCGGCUUAAGGAUGUUAUGGCGUCAAAGAAAGAGUUCGAAACACAAAUGGAGGUUGUUGGUAAAAUCAAACACCCUAAUGUGAUUCCAUUGAGAGCUUAUUAUUACUCCAAAGAUGAGAAACUUCUCGUUUUCGAUUUCAUGCCUACCGGAAGCUUAUCUGCUCUUCUUCACGGGAGCCGUGGAUCAGGGCGAACUCCGUUAGAUUGGGAUAACCGUAUGAGAAUUGCGAUAACUGCUGCAAGAGGUUUGGCUCAUCUACACGUUUCAGCCAAAUUGGUACACGGAAACAUCAAAGCCUCAAACAUCCUACUACAUCAAAACCAAGACACAUGCGUCUCUGACUAUGGACUGAAUCAACUCUUCAGUAACUCGAGUCCACCAAACCGUUUGGCGGGUUACCAUGCUCCUGAAGUUCUCGAGACACGGAAAGUAACUUACAAAUCGGAUGUGUACAGUUUCGGGGUGUUACUGCUUGAACUGUUGACAGGUAAAUCACCAAACCAGGCAUCACUUGGUGAAGAAGGCAUUGAUCUACCCCGGUGGGUACUUUCCGUGGUCCGGGAAGAAUGGACUGCUGAAGUAUUUGACGUUGAGCUGAUGAGGUACCACAACAUAGAGGAAGAGAUGGUUCAGCUUCUUCAAAUCGCAAUGGCUUGUGUAUCAACAGUUCCUGAUCAAAGGCCAGUGAUGCAAGAAGUUCUGAGAAUGAUUGAAGAUGUGAACAGAAGUGAGACAACUGAUGACGGGUUAAGACAAUCGUCUGAUGACCCGUCAAAAGGAUCAGAAGGUCAGACUCCUCCUGGGGAAUCAAGGACACCACCACGGUCAGUCACGCCUUAGCAAUUGAAUGGAAGUGAAAACAACAACAACAACAAAAAAAAAAGGGAAAGCAGCUUUAAUUGUUUGUAUUUGUGUUUACUUUCUUUUUUUUAACUCCUCAAAAGGAGAUAAAGAAAGGGAUGAGAUAGUGUGUGAUGUCUUUGUUGGGUGUGACAGUAAAGCUUAAAAAAAAAAAAAAAGACUGGACCAUCUCUACAUUUGGACCAACUUCUUCAAGAUGGUAUCUCCCAUCUAUUUUUUUCAGUCUUUCGAGAUAUUCUAAUGGUUAUUAUUUUUUCUUUUCGUUGAAUAUUGUGUUUACAUUACAGGUUCAAA